UUUCGUGCAGCGACAGAUAACAUUAAGACAGUGUCAGUGAUGGUGGGAGGGUCGGUCACCCUACGCACAGAUAUCGAAGCAAUUCAAAGAAAUGAUCACAUAUCGUGGUUGUUUGGAUCUGACAGUCCAGGCACUCGUAUAGCUGAAAUCAUUAAAUGGUCAUAUAUGCUUUCCAUAUAUGUGUGUCACGAGGAGCUAUUUGGAGACCAGCUGCGACUGGACCAUCAGACUGGAUCUCUGACCAUUAAGAACAUAAGUACAGAACACUCUGGACUUUAUAAAUUAACCAUCAUCAACAACAGAAAAACUUCGUACAGGAGAUUCUGUAUUAAAGUCUAUGCCCCUCUUGCUGUUCCAGUCAUUACCAAUGACUCGUCAUUAGAGAGAUCUUCAGGCUCAGAAUGUGUUUUGUUGUGUUCUGUGAGGAACGUGUCAUGGGGGACUCUUUCCUUUUACAAAGGAAAUGAUUUACUGUCCAACAUCAGUGGCUCCGAUCCCAGCACCAUUCUGUCUCUGGCACUGGAAGUGGAGCAUUAUGAUGAAAACAUUUACAGCUGUGUCGUAAAUAAUUUCAUCAGCAACCAGACUACACGAGUCAACAUCACAGAUCUCUGUCAGCCGCAUUCAGAAAUCUCUUUGCUGUACUGUUUGGUGCUUCUAUUGUUGAUUCCUUUAGCUGUCGCAGUGACAGUUUGGAUAUUGUGCGCCCACAGGAAAGCAGAACAACAGGCUGAAGAAAAUUGCUAAAGCUUCAUAGAACAAUACAGACAAUGACAUAACGUGCACAAAAACGUACAAGAAGGAGGAACAACGAACAGGAUUUUAGUUGCAGUGUUUGUGUUUGUGUCACCAUCACUCAGAAUGUCCAUCCAGACAUUAUAGUGGUGUAAUGCAGGAUGCUUUUUUUAAACCUUCAUGUUUUGCUUAACCCUGAAGACCUAAACCAAUGUGAUUUGUAAUCCUUUGUGUCGGUCAUGGAUGUUCCAACACUCUGUUUUAAUUCAUAUUUAAACACAGAUUGCCUGUUUUUAUUUAUACAUGCAUUGCUUUUAUGAUGAUUCUAGCAGCUAUUUUGCCCUCUUGUUUAUUUUAUUACAAGUAAAAUGUUAUAAUAUUUACUUGUUG